AUGCCGACAUUAGCGUUGACGAACUUUAAUAUUGUGUGCGCCUCACUAGGCGGAUUCAUCACACUCUUCGGCCUAGUUUCUUAUCUGAUGAAAGAGAAAUUCUACCUCUCAGAAGCGUUAAUAUCCCUGAUUGCCGGACUGGUUUUCUCUCCCCAUGCGACCAACUGGAUCCGGCCAUACGAGUACGCUCUCCAGUCUGUUGAGAACUUGGAUGCCAUUACCUUGUACUUUACUCGCGUGGUACUCGGAGUGCAGCUAGUCCUUGCCGGCGUGCAAUUGCCGUCGAAGUACUUGAAGACGGAAUGGAAGAGUCUCGCUUAUCUCCUUGGUCCGGUCAUGACAACUAUGUGGAUUGUCACCAGUCUGCUGGUCUAUGCAUUGGUCCCUCAUAUAAGCUUUCUGCAGGCCUUGGCGGUGGGCGCUUGUGUCACUCCUACGGACCCUGUCUUGUCCAACUCCAUUGUUAAGGGUAAGUUCGCAGACAAGAACAUCCCAAAAGAACUCCAGAAGAUCAUUGUAGCAGAGUCGGGAGCGAACGACGGAUUGGGCUACCCGUUCCUGUUCCUGCCGCUUUAUCUUAUACAGCAUAUUGGGAGCCAUGGAUCUGAUGGCUUUGGUCAAGAUGGGAAGGCCAGCACUGCUAUUGGUCUUUGGUUUGGAGAAACCUUGGGGUACACGAUCAUCCUAAGUGUAAUAUACGGCGCCGUUGUGGGGUGGAUAGCAAAAGAGCUACUACAUUGGGCGGAAGAGAGGAAGUACGUUGAUCGCGAGAGCUUCCUUGUUUUCGCCAUCACCCUUGCCCUCUUUAUCGUCGGCACUAUGGGCAUGGUUGGAAGCGACGAUGUUUUAGCCUGCUUCAUUGCCGGCAAUACAUUCACCUGGGAUGACUGGUUUCGUCUUGAGACGAUGGACGAUUCCUUCCAACCGACUAUCGACAUGCUCCUCAACGUAUCCAUUUUCAUAUGGUUUGGAGCCAUCUGCCCGUGGGCAGAGUUCUACCACAACAACGUCAUCUCUAUCUGGCGGCUUGUCAUUCUCGGUAUACUCGUCUUGCUACUCCGCCGCCCACCCAUCGUCUUUGGAAUGCACAAGCACAUCCACCAAAUCGAGCAAAAGCGACAAGCACUCUUCGUCGGCUUCUUUGGCCCUAUUGGUGUCAGCGCUGCCUUUUACCUCUACGUUAGCAUCGAGUUCCUCAACAAGAUCAAAGUCGACGGUGAGACUAGAGAAGAUGCGGCAUACCUCAUAGAAGUCAUGAACGUGGUUAUCUGGUUCUUGAUCAUCUGCUCGGUGGUCGUUCAUGGCCUCAGCAUUCCAUUGGGUAAACUCGGCUUCUUCAUCCCGCGAACCCUUUCGCGUGCCAUUUCCUCCCGCAGCGAAGAUCCUGCGCCAUUCCACAUUGCAGAGGGUGCUGAAGAUGCAACCACGGACAUCGAGCAGCGACUGCGGCGCCGGCCGGGGUGGUCACGCACGGGGGGCGAUUCGCUUCCGAACCGUGUUGUGCGCAUCGGCAGGUCAAUUAUCCAGUCUAGUACUGGUUCGAGGAGCCAGUCGAGAAGCAAUCUGCACACACCUACGCCACUUUCAGCGGCGCCCACGAUAGCGAGAGGCGAGGGUGAGGGGCAUGCUACUAUGGGCAGUGCCGCGGAUUUGGGCCUACAGCGGACUAUCCGGUUUCCCGAUGAAGUGCCAGUGGGCGCGAAGCCAUGA